GCAGUCACGGCGCGGCCUGAGUCCUGAGCGCGGCGAUCAAUCACCACCGCUCAUCUCCCAGGUUUGAGACUGCAUGCAUACAGUAGCACGCACAGCACACGACAGUCCCCCAGAAGAGCACUUGCGCUGGAAGCAGAGUCCUCUCGGUGUGUGCAACAAUGUCGACAGAAGCAAAGCCAACGGUGCUGAUCAUAGGCGGCCUGGGCUACGUUGGACGAAACCUCGCAAAAUACAUCCACGACAACAACCUUGCCUCGGAAAUUCGCCUUGUCGAUAAGCACCUGCCCGAGCUCGCAUGGCUCGCGCCCGAAUUCCGCGAAGCGUGUUCGAGGGAGCGCUUCAUGCAGGCUGACGCCUCGCAAGAACGCUCGCUAGCGCGCAUCUUCGACCGAGAAGGCGGCAAAGAAUUCGACUUUGUGUUCAACUGCGGCGGCGAGACGCGCUUCUCGCAAGAUGAUAAGGUUUACGAACUCCGCUCCCACGCCCUGUCUAUGGCUGUCGGCCGCGAAGCCGCGAAGCGCAAGGUUCGGUGCUUCCAGGAGCUCAGCACAGGCAUGGUGUACAAGCCCGAGUCAGCGCCGCGCAAAGAGACGGACAAGCUGAAGCCGUGGAACAACCAGGCGAAGUGGAAGCUCAAGGCUGAGGAGGAUCUGGCCAAGGUUGAAGGGCUCAAUCUGAUGAUCAUGAGGCUUGCGAAUGCGUAUGGGCCGUACACAGGGAAGUACCUCAGCACAGCGCUGUGCAUGGCGAGGGUGUAUCAGAGCAAGGGAAAGGAGAUGAGAUGGUUGUGGAAAGAGGACUUGAAGACAAACACUGUGCACAUUGACGAUGUGGCACGAGCGCUGUGGACAGGCGCUGAGUGGUACGUCAAGCAGCCGAAGAAGACAUCAGCGCCAAUUUACAACAUCGUGGAUCUUGGUAAUACCUCACAAAGAACUGUCGCCAACAUCAUUAGCGAUGUCUUCAAAAUCGAGACCGGCUUCCACGGCACAUUGAUAUCAGCAUUUGCGAGGCUGAAUAUGGACCACGUAGUUGAUGAAGUCAACGACGAGACGCUAGACCCGUGGGCAGAGCUCCAAAACACAGCUGGUAUCAGCCAGUCAAGUCCGCUGAGUCCUUUCAUGGAGAAGGAGCUGUUGAAAGACACAGACCUCAGCAUGGAUGGCAGUGCAUUCAUGAAAGACACAGGAUUCAAGUACGUCCACGAGAAGCUCACAAAAGAAGCCGUCGAAGAGGUCGUCGCAAGCUACAAGAGACAAGGCUGGUGGCCAUAGCCCGUCCGCACUUUAUCCUCCUCUUGAAACGAUCGAUACCCCCUCAUUCAUCAUUAAGAUGCUUUCACGGCCGAUUAUCGCAUGACCCGCACCUCCUUCCACCUUCACCGUCCUCUUGUUUUGCAUCACCGAGAUAC